GUUUUAUGCAGCAUCAGAAACCAAAUCCAAAAAUUGAACCACAAAAUUGAUCAAUUUUGUGUACCAGAAAUACAUUUUAUAGUGUUCUAACGAAACUUUAUUCUCUAAAAAGCCGAAUUUUUCUCGACUAUGUGAUCUUCUUACCAAGUAGUGAAAGUUUAUCAGAAUGUUGAACGCCUAUUCGGAAUCACAAUCCGAUUUAGAAAAUGAGCAAAACUUUGGAGCCAAACAGAAACCACGCCCAUCCGUCAACCGUCAAUGCCAGGACAGACGCAGCUCGUUGGUCAAACGUAGUGUCUCGGCAAAGAGCAAUAGACGGCCGAGCAUCAACAGCGUCUACAACGAGGGCCAGUUCAGCGAAUCGUGCAGCAUGCGAAAGAAACCUAACAAAUCCGUCGGGUCUGUUUCAUCCACGAGCGGCACCACGAUGGACUCGUCCGGAAGCAGCUGCAGCGAUGGCGACACCUCGUCGUCCUACGGGGAACCGAAUCUUCCAUAUCCGGGGUUUGCAGAGUAUUCGCUCAAGUAUCUCAGCCAGGACACGAAACCGAGAAUAUGGUGCUUGCAGUUGAUAACCAAUCCAUGGUUCGAGCGAGUCUCAAUGUUGGUGAUUUUGCUGAAUUGUGUUACAUUGGGAAUGUAUCAACCAUGUGUUGAUGACGCCUGUGUGACGAACCGCUGUAAAAUAUUACAAAUAUUCGACGAUAUCAUAUUCGCUUUCUUUUCCCUCGAAAUGACAAUCAAGAUAGUGGCGAUGGGUGCCUGGGGGAAGGGAACCUAUCUGGCGGAUUCGUGGAACCGGCUGGACUUCUUCAUUGUGCUGGCCGGAGCUUUGGAGUACUGCCUUCAGGUGGAAAACCUUAACCUAACCGCAAUCAGAACCAUCCGUGUACUUAGACCACUGAGGGCAAUCAAUCGGAUACCGAGUAUGCGAAUUCUUGUCAUGCUAUUGCUAGACACGCUGCCCAUGCUCGGUAAUGUAUUGCUGUUGUGCUUUUUCGUGUUCUUCAUCUUCGGGAUAGUGGGUGUACAGCUUUGGGAGGGCAUCUUGCGGCAGCGUUGCGUCAUAAAGCUUCCGGACAACGUGUCGGCUCCAGACACAUUUACACAACGUAACCUUUACUAUAGAAUUGUGACCCAAAAGCAAAGGAAAUCUGACAUAUCAUUUUACUACGAGUUUUCAAAGGAGCAGGACUACAUCUGCUCGAAGCCGGACGACUCGGGAAUGCAUCUGUGUAACAACCUUCCACCCUACCGGAUAGGGCCAUUGGUUUGCAAUGCUUCUGCCAUGCCAUUUUCGAACAAUGUACCCACAGCUCGGUCCUGCGUCAACUGGAAUCAGUAUUACACCAACUGUACUCAGCUUGGGAACAAUCCCUUCCAAGGGACGAUAUCUUUCGACAACAUCGGAUUGGCCUGGGUCGCUAUAUUUUUGGUCAUAUCACUCGAGGGAUGGACUGACAUUAUGUAUUAUGUUCAAGACGCACACAGUUUUUGGGAUUGGAUAUAUUUUGUGCUGCUGAUUGUGAUCGGAUCAUUCUUUAUGAUCAACCUUUGCCUAGUCGUAAUUGCCACACAGUUUUCGGAAACCAAGAAACGGGAAAUGGAGCGUAUGCGCCAGGAGAGGGCUCGCUUUACGUCGACCUCGACUUUGGCUUCCAGUACGAACAACUCCGAACCAACGACUUGCUACGCAGAAAUCGUCAAGUAUAUCGCACAUCUGUACCGAAGGCUCAAGCGCCGCAUCAUUAAGAAGUUACGACAGUAUAAAUAUCAAUACCAACACCGGAAGGAAGGGUUGCUACCGCAAACUCCGGAAACCCUAACAUUGUCACCGAACAAGAUCAAAGUCCACCAUCCAAAGUGUCCGAAAAUGCACGCCCUAGCUGUGAGCACUGUCCACAGGAAUAAUCAGGGUUCCAACACGCCCUGUGCCAUCAUCCCUAGGAACGCCCCGAGCGCUGUUGGCACCGAGAAGCAAAUGUCCUCACCGGACAUUUCGGAAAUGGUUUCCGUGGAGAACAUCAAGAACAAUGCUCUGAACAAUUGCACGAGCUAUUCGAACUUGGAUGACAAACAGAAAAUAGUCCUGCUGAAGAUUCCAAAUAGUGAGAACAAUCAGUCCUCUUCAAACUCCCUCAGCCCGACGUCCUCAGGUAGACGCAGAUCAUCUGUUAUGUUUAAUGAAUAUGUUAUACAUCAUACGCCUCCAACUAUUCCAGCACCGACAACAGAUAAAAAUGUGUAUUGCUUGGAAAAAAUGACCCAAACCAGCGAUAGUGGAAUUUGGCAGGUCAGCCUACCACAAUCCAUCCAAACCAUGGCAACGGUUUUCAACGACUACUCAGACCUUUGCAUGACAGAUGCUAUGACCUGUCAAGAGCUAUUGGCCUUCUCGGUGGCCUUCUCCGCGGCACUUCCAACGGGACACACAACAUUGGAAUCGUUCUACUCGACGCUCACCAGAAAUCGCACGAAUCAAAGCAAUAAUAAAAAUGCGUCAAUUACCAACAUUCAAGGAUACAGCGGCGAUAAUGUCCAGCAGAAAUCCCCGCCCAAUGUGGCUAAAAAUCUAUCGCAAAAUGUAUCCAACAUCAACAAUAUUAACAACGAAGAGUUCGCCUGUUGCUACGAUCUGUACCAAAACGUGGCAUUGGAAGAACCACCGAAGAAACACUCAAAGCCCUACAGAUGCAUAACGGGAACAUACAGAUUUUUCAAAAGAGUACUACACUGUAUCAGAGUGUACAUCAAAAAGUUAGUGGAGCACAAGUACUUUCAGCAAGGUAUAUUGCUGGCCAUUUUGAUCAAUACCCUUUCGAUGGGCAUCGAGUACCACAAUCAACCGGAAGAGUUGACGGCAAUUGUCGAGACGAGUAAUAUUGUGUUCUCUGGCAUCUUUGCUGUUGAGAUGGUUCUUAAGGUGAUUGCGGAAGGACCGUUCGGAUAUGUCGCUAAUGGGUUUAACGUGUUCGAUGGAGUAAUUGUCAUUCUUAGCGUUGUUGAACUUGGUCAAGCAUACCUGGGUGAAGGUCAAGGCAGUUCUGGCUUAAGUGUCCUAAGAACGUUUCGCCUGCUACGUAUACUAAAGUUGGUACGAUUUAUGCCAAACCUUCGGCGUCAACUGUUCGUGAUGUUGAGAACUAUGGACAAUGUGGCUAUCUUCUUCUCCCUGCUGAUACUGUUUAUUUUCAUAUUCAGCAUACUUGGCAUGUACUUGUUUGGAGGUAAGUUCUGUAAGUUUGUCGAUGAAACUGGACAAGAGAGGGAAUGCACUUGUCCCGAAAUAGUCUCCAAGCAUCCUCUGUGUGAAUGUGAUCGCAAACAUUUCAACAACAUUCUCUGGGCCACGGUGACAGUGUUUCAAAUCCUUACGCAAGAAGAUUGGAACGUCGUCCUGUUCAACGGGAUGGAGAAGACCAGCCAUUGGGCCGCCUUGUACUUUGUAACGCUCAUGACCUUCGGGAAUUAUGUGUUGUUCAAUUUGUUGGUUGCUAUUUUGGUUGAAGGGUUUAGCUCAGAGCGAAACGAGCGAAGGGAACGAGAGCAGCGGGAACUCGUGAAGGCCAAACUCAAUGCCGAGUCCUUGGCUGCUCAAGAGCAGGGGAGCGAGAUCUACGAUGAUCCCAAAAGCUUUUCAGAGUCAACCACUAGUGAUAGCUAUAAUGAGUCCAAGGGGAAAUGGUUCAGCGCUGAGGAGCUUCGGAAGAUAAGGGACAUAAAGUGCAACAUACAGAAACAAAGGCUUUUGCAACCCGGGUAUGAUGACAUAAAUCUGUCGAUUCCAAAGCUAAACUCGGAGAAAGAUGCUCUCAAUUCUAUAGAUCUAUAUUCCAACCGAAAGAAAAAAUGCGAACCCCUUAAACUGUACAACAUCCAAGUGACGGAUCCUCCGAUCAUAACGACAACUGCCGCAACUCCUCAAGAUUCGCCGAACGCAACCCUCGAAGGAGGUGCCAGUUUCAAAGAUUGGGAAAACCUGGACUUUGAACAACUGGAGAAAAGUUCCAGCUCAUCGCUACUUCGUCCCCCACCAAUACUGGGAUCUCUGAAAGCUUUGGACGAUCGAACGUACUUCGAAGGCAUGCCGGUGCUAAGUGAAAUGCGCAGAAAGUCGGAUAAGGGUACCGGUUCUCAAGGUGACAGUAAAUCAGCGGACCGGAUGCAGCAGUCGACGCAAGACGGAUCACGCAAGUCGGAAACUACGCGGAAGCCUAGUCUGAAGAGUAGGAAGGAUGCCCCACGAGAAGGCGAAGUACUCAACAACGGCAAAUGCGUUUCUCGUAGUGGAGGAAUCACGCCACUAGAUGCCCGCAAAAUCGAUCCCCUGUCGCAGAGGAGUAACAGGAUACAGAAUGAUACCCAAAGAGACAGACGAAAUUCGUCCCGAAGAAGUUCCGUAAGGCGAUCGUCGUCCAUCAAGAUCGACAGUGGACCCGGAAGCAUCGCCAGCAAUAUAAGCGCUCCAUCGUACUCCAAGUACAUCUACAACGACAAGAAUAAGUAUUACAUAGAUAGGAAGAGUUCCCUUCGGUUGAGCGACAUAAAAUCUCCGAACAACGCCCGGCGAAUGUCGUCCAUAGAGCACACGUAUCACAAACAUUCGAGGGUAAGCGUGCACAAUCUGGAAUUGAGGAAAAUCCAAGAAGAACUAACGAAAAACAAGCUGAACAACGCUUCGGUGACAUCGGUCCAGGAUGUACUGCCCGAUGCACCUGAUACCCGCAUCAAGAACAAAUCCAAGGGUCGCCUGAAGCAGUUCUUCCGCUACGUCACCCCGAAGAAUUUUGUCGAGGAACGUGAUUUGUACACUUUGUAUAUUUUCCCGGAGGAUAACAGAUUCCGCCAGAUUUGCAGUUGGUUCGUGAAUCAGAAAUGGUUCGACAAUGUGAUAUUGCUGUUCAUAGCGCUGAAUUGUAUAACGCUUGCCAUGGAGAGACCCAACAUCCCGCCCACUUGCACCGAGAGAUAUUUCCUGUCCACUGCGAACUAUGUUUUUACGGUUGUAUUUGCAGUGGAGAUGUUCAUCAAGGUUGUCGCUACUGGAAUGUUCUACGGUCGAGAUGCGUAUUUCACUUCCGGUUGGAACAUUAUGGAUGGUUCGCUUGUCAUAAUUUCCAUCGUCGAUCUUUUGAUGUCCUUGAUCAGCGAGUCAAGUCCGAGAAUUUUCGGCAUAUUGAGGGUCUUUCGAUUGUUAAGGUCGCUUAGACCUCUAAGGGUAAUCAACAGAGCACCAGGAUUGAAGUUGGUGGUUCAAACACUGCUUUCAUCAUUGAGACCCAUCGGAAACAUAGUGUUGAUAUGCUGCACAUUUUUCAUCAUCUUUGGAAUUCUUGGAGUGCAGCUGUUCAAGGGAACAUUCUACUACUGCGAAGGGGAGAACAUCAAAGGUGUCAAGAACAAGACCGAGUGCUUGUCUAUCGAAGGAAAUGUUUGGGUAAACCGGAAGUACAACUUUGACGAUCUGGGUAAGGCGUUGAUGUCUCUGUUUGUGCUGUCCUCUCGAGAUGGCUGGGUGAACAUUAUGUACACUGGACUUGAUGCGGUCGGUGUUGACCAACAGCCAGUCGUAAACUACAACGAGUGGCGCUUGCUGUACUUUAUUGCGUUUAUCCUGCUGGUGGGAUUUUUCGUGUUGAACAUGUUUGUGGGAGUUGUGGUCGAAAACUUUCAUCGCUGCCGCGAAGAGCAGGAAAAGGAAGAGAAAAUACGUCGCGCUGCUAAGCGGGCGUUGCAGAUGGAGAAGAAACGGCGACGAAUGCACGAACCGCCGUACUACACCAACUACUCGCCACUGCGGAUGUUCGUGCACAACGUGGUAACAUCGAAGUACUUCGACCUGGCAAUAGCCGCCGUCAUAGGCUUGAACGUGGUGACGAUGGCCAUGGAGUACUACAUGAUGCCUCGAGCGUUGGAAUACGCACUAAAGAUAUUCAACUAUUUCUUCACCGCGGUUUUCAUACUGGAAGCCAUCAUGAAACUGGUGGCGCUGGGCUUGAAGAUCUACAUGAAAGACAAAUGGAACCAACUGGACGUGGCUAUUGUGAUUCUGUCCAUUGUGGGCAUCGUGCUGGAGGAGCUCGAGACCAAUAUCAUCCCCAUAAAUCCUACGAUCAUACGAGUCAUGCGAGUGCUUCGAAUAGCUCGAGUUCUGAAACUGCUCAAAAUGGCGAAAGGUAUACGAGCAUUAUUGGACACGGUGAUGCAGGCGUUGCCACAGGUCGGAAACUUGGGACUAUUGUUCUUCCUGUUGUUUUUCAUUUUUGCGGCACUGGGAGUGGAGUUGUUCGGCAGACUGGAAUGUUCCGAAGAGGUGCCAUGCCAGGGAUUGGGCGAGCAUGCCCACUUCGCAAACUUCGGUAUGGCCUUUUUGACGUUGUUCAGAGUUGCGACGGGAGAUAACUGGAAUGGGAUCAUGAAGGACACACUUCGAGACGACUGUGACGAUGCUGCCGAUUGUGUUAAGAAUUGUUGUGUUAGUACUAUAAUAGCUCCCAUAUUUUUCGUUAUAUUUGUACUGAUGGCUCAGUUUGUACUGGUCAACGUGGUGGUUGCAGUUCUUAUGAAGCAUCUUGAAGAAAGCCACAAACAGAUGGAAGAUGAGUUAGAUAUUGAAACAGAGCUGGAAAGGGAAUUCGAACGUGAACAAGAAUUUGAGGAGGAACAAGCAUUGUGUAUGCAACUUAAUGACGACCAAAAGCAAUUGCAAAAACGGCCUCUCACUAAAGUGUCUUCUUUGCCAUCUAACUUUACUUAUAGCACUCCAGUUGCGGAGAAAAAAUUAAACAUUCAUCGACGGCAAACUAUUCAAUACAUUAAUCAGAAUCUCAAUGUACAACAUUCUUAUACAAACAGCAAUUCGUAUGACGAAACUGCUGAAAACGAUAUUCCGAAUGAAGACGACGAGUCUUUCAAUUCUGUCAAUGAAAGCUCUAGUACAAAGAAUACCAACAAGAAAAUCCAUAUUAACAAAUCUUUCUUUAGUAAAAAUAACGAAGAUAAGCGAGCUUCAUUGGAUGAAUUUAGCAAACCGCACAAAAUUGUGGAGGAAUCGGGAAAACCCGAUAAACCGAGCUCAACGAAGGGUUCAAACAAAUGGAAAGACAAUCAGUCUGACCAACCCUCGAAAGAAGCGGAAAGCAAUACCAAACUGUCGACAAUCAUUUCGUCCAACAAAUCGUUGACGAAAAGCAACAAACCCGACUAUCGUCAAUUAAGUCUUGAUCAAGACGCCAAGCACGACAACGUUACGCUUGCGCCCAACACUAGUUCUUCUAAUUUCUCAAACGCCUCCACUGCCCUCAACAACCUCGGUGGCAAUAAAUCCUCCUUUCUAUCCGUACCCAAACUGCAGCCAAAAAGUCGUUCAGGCAGCACAAAGCAACUGUUCAAACAAGUGGCACUGGACGAAGAUAAUGAGACCAACGAGAGUUCGCUCCUGCUGCCUUCGGUAUCGAAUGCAGCCGGCUCUGGUGGCGAUCACUCGUACGAUCUUCUGAAGGUGCAGGACGAAAGUUACGAUGCUGUGCGAAAAUCCGAAUCCUGCGAGAUUCUGAGGAUCAUUUCCGAGCGACGGAAGAUCUAAUUGGGGGGUUUGAGCUGUUGAAACCCAAUUGUGAAUGUUGUGAGCAUUUUUAGUGCUUAGGUAGAAUACUAGCUUUUAGAGACAGACACCAUGAAAGCAUCACAGAAGCUGUAUUUUGGUGAUAUUACGAUGUUAAGUAUUGCAUUGGCGUAGUUUUACGUGGGAACAUGUAUUCAAGUUGGAAAUGAAGAACAGAAACUCUAUGUUUCUCUCAUGCACACUCCAGAUGAUCGAAUAGUACUACUAUCGCGUUUAAGGUACAAGAACCUUAACACUAUCCGCCUUGUCGAGAAAUCUUGAUAUUAUCUAGUGCUAAGUGGAGCAACAUCUGAAGUGAAUUGAAUCAAUACAUCUUAAGUUAUACAUUCUUUAGUUGAUAACUACUUUCUCAAUGAAAGAGUCACUUCAACA